AUGCUUCCCCAGCGACAGCUCCUCCGCGCGACGCCGCGCCUAGCUUCCCAGCUACGUGCCGCCAAUACCGCACCCGUAUUCCGCUCCGCUCUGCAGCGCCGCUUUGCUUCGACCGAGAACGCCUUCAUCAAGGAGCGACAGGCUGUCAAGGAGCACGCUGCUGCUACCACUGAGCUCUGGCGCAAGAUCUCCAUCUACGCCGUCAUCCCCGCCCUAAUCCUCGCCGGCGUCAACGCCUACAACCUAUACCAGGAGCAUUGGGAGCACUGGUCGCACCUGCCCCCCCUAGAGGAGCGCGUCGAGUACCCCUACCAGAACAUCCGCACCAAGAACUUCCCCUGGGGCGACGGCGACAAGACCCUGUUCUGGAACGACAAGGUCAAUUACCACAACAAGGACAAGACCACCUAA